CAUGCAUCUGAGCCAUGGAGUCCGCCGUGGCUGACGUACACCUCAUGCCCAGGACAACCAAGGAGGUCCCUGCUCCGGACGCCGCGUGCUGUCGAGCGGUCACCGUUGGCGUGGUGGCCACCAGCCUUGUCGUCCUCACCCUGGGAGUCGUUUUGGCCUUCCUCUCUAUGCAGGGUGUCCACGUGGACCACACAGCCCAGGUUCGGGGCAUCCGAUGGGCCAGCAGUCUGCGGCAGGAGGCCUCGGACUAUCACCGCACGCUGACGCCCACCCUGGAGGCACUGCUGCAUUUUCUGCUGCAACCCCUCCAGACGUUGAGCCUGGGCCUGGAGGAGGAGAUACUGCAGGAAGGAAUCCGGGCAAGGCUGCGGGAGCAAGGCAUCUCCCUGGCUGCCUACGGCACCAUUGUGUCGGCUGAGCUCACAGGAAGACAUAAGGGACCCUUGGCAGAAAGAGACUUGAAAUCAGGCCGCUGUCCAGGGAACUCCUUCUCCUGCCAGAAUGGCCAGUGUGUGACCAAGCUGAACCCGGAGUGUGACGACCAGCAGGACUGCUCCGAUGGGUCUGAUGAGGCGCUCUGCGAGUGUGGCUUGCAGCCUGCCUGGAGGACGGCCGGCAGGAUUGUGGGCGGCGUGGAAGCGUCCCCGGGGGAGUUUCCGUGGCAAGCCAGCCUUCGAGAGAAAAAGGAGCACUUCUGUGGGGCCACCAUCAUCGGCGCCAGGUGGCUGGUGUCUGCUGCGCACUGCUUCAAUGAGUUCCAAGACCCGACGGAGUGGGUGGCCUACGUGGGUACGAUCUACCUCAGCGGCUCAGAGGCCAGCACCGUGCGGACCCCGGUGGCCCGGAUCAUCAAGCAUCCUCUGUACAACGCGGACACGGCCGACUUUGAUGUGGCGGUGCUGGAGCUGAGCAGCCCUCUGGCUUUCGGCCGGCACGUCCAGCCCGUGUGCCUCCCGGCCGCCACGCACGUCUUCCCACCCAGCAAGAAAUGCCUGAUCUCGGGCUGGGGCUACCUGAAGGAGGACUUCCUGGUGAAGCCAGAGGUGCUGCAGAAAGCCACCGUGGAGCUGCUGGACCAGGCACUGUGUGCCAGCCUGUACGGCAACUCGCUCACGGACAGGAUGUUGUGUGCUGGCUACCUGGAUGGGAAGGUGGACUCUUGCCAGGGCGACUCAGGAGGACCCCUGGUGUGCGAGGAACCCUCUGGCAGGUUCUUUCUGGCUGGCAUCGUGAGCUGGGGCAUCGGCUGUGCAGAAGCGCAACGUCCCGGGGUCUAUGCCCGAGUCACCAGGCUGCGUGACUGGAUCCUGGAGGCCACCACCACAACCGGCCCGACUCCGGCCCUCACGGCGGCUCCUGUCCCCGCUGCCCCCAGCACGGCCUGGCCCACCAGUCCCCAGAGCUCCGUGGUCAACAGCCCCACCAAAUCCACGCCGGCCCCCGGCACCGCGGCUCUUGGCUGGGUCACCGUGCCAAAGCUACAAGAAUGCGGGGCCAGGCCUGCGAUGGAGAAGCCCCCCCGGAUCGUGGGCGGGUUCGCAGCGGACUCUGGGGAAGUGCCCUGGCAGGUCAGCCUGAAGGAAGGGGCCCGGCACUUCUGCGGAGCAACCGUGGUGGGCGACCGCUGGCUGCUGUCUGCCGCUCACUGCUUCAACCACACGAAGGUGGAGCAGGUCCGGGCCCACCUGGGCACCGCGUCCCUCCUGGGGCUGGGCGGGAGCCCGGCGAAGGUCGGGCUGCGGCGGGUGGUGCCGCACCCCCUCUACAACCCUGGCAUCCUGGACUUCGACCUGGCCGUCCUGGAGCUGGCCAGCCCCCUGGCCUUCAACAAGUACAUCCAGCCCGUCUGCCUGCCCCUGGCCAUCCAGAAGUUUCCCGUGGGCCGGAAGUGCAUGAUCUCCGGAUGGGGAAACACGCAGGAAGGAAACGCCACCAAGCCCGAGCUCCUGCAGAAGGCGUCUGUGGGGAUCAUAGACCAGAAAACCUGCAGCGUGCUCUACAACUUCUCCCUCACCGACCGCAUGCUCUGCGCGGGCUUCCUGGAAGGGAGAGUCGACUCCUGCCAGGGCGACUCCGGGGGCCCCCUGGCCUGCGAGGAGACCCCCGGCGUGUUUUAUCUGGCGGGGAUCGUGAGCUGGGGGAUUGGCUGCGCUCAAGUUAAGAAGCCUGGCGUGUACACGCGCAUCACGAGGCUGAAGGGCUGGAUUCUGGAGACCAUGGCCUCCCAGCCCCAUCUCGUCUCCCCGCCCUCGACCACAAGGAUGCUGGCCACCACCAGCCAUCUCCCCAGGACAGCUGGCCUCAUGGUCCUGGGGGCCACCCCCAGCCAACCCACCCCUGUGGCCACCAGCAGAGUGACCGGCCAACCUGCCAACUCAACCUUAUCUGCCGUGAGCACCACCUUUGGGGGACAGACGCCACUUCCAGACACCGCAGAGGCCACCACCCACUCCCAGCUACCAGACUGCGGCCUGGCGCCGGCGGCGCUCACCAGGAUUGUGGGGGGCAGCGCGGCGGGCCGCGGGGAGUGGCCGUGGCAGGUGAGCCUGUGGCUGCGGCGCCGGGAGCACCGCUGUGGGGCCGUGCUGGUGGCAGAGAGGUGGCUGCUGUCUGCGGCGCACUGCUUCGACGUCUACGGGGACCCCAAGCAGUGGGCGGCCUUCCUGGGCACGCCGUUCCUGAGCGGCGCGGAGGGACAGCUGGAGCGCGUGGCGCGCAUCUACAAGCACCCGUUCUACAACCUCUACACCCUGGACUACGACGUGGCGCUGCUGGAGCUGGCGGGCCCGGUGCGCCGCAGCCGCCUGGUGCGCCCCAUCUGCCUGCCCGAGCCCGCUCCGAGACCCCCCGACGGCGCGCGCUGUGUCAUCACCGGCUGGGGCUCUGUGCGCGAGGGAGGCUCCAUGGCGCGGCAGCUGCAGAAGGCGGCCGUGCGCCUCCUCAGCGAGCAGACCUGCCGCCGCUUCUACCCGGUGCAGAUCAGCGGCCGCAUGCUGUGCGCUGGCUUCCCGCAGGGAGGCGUGGACAGCUGCUCGGGUGACGCUGGGGGACCCCUGGCCUGCAGGGAGCCCUCUGGACGGUGGGUGCUAACUGGGGUCACCAGCUGGGGCUAUGGCUGUGGCCGGCCCCACUUCCCAGGUGUCUACACCCGGGUGGCAGCUGUGAGAGGCUGGAUAGGACAGCACAUCCAGGAGUGAUCACAACGUGGUCGUCUAGGCCAGGACUCUGGGUGAAAGCAGCAGGGGGAGCAGGCCACC